UUUACUUAAAAAAAAAAGUUGUCGUCGCGUGCUGAGAUCCUACCUGAUGGCCGACGCCCCCCUCUACACGAGCACGCGGGAGCGGCGGCGCCAGACGGACCUGGCGGACUUUUAUGCCCUGCUCAAGGCCAGCGAGGCCGUGGAGAAGGCGUACGCGCGGGGCGCCGUGUCCGCGGCCGACUACGAGACGGCGUGCAGCCAGCUCAUGGCCCAGUUCCGCGCGAGCGAGGCCGCGCUGACGGGCGACGGCACGAUCGCGAGCACCGAGGCGUUCUUCGCGCAGUGGCGCGUCGACUGCCCGCGCGCGCGCGACCGGCUGCUGCGCGUGGGCGCGCCGGCGACGCACCUGCAGAAGGGCGACGCGGUCGACGCGGCGCGCGUCGCCGAGUGCGUCCAGCACUUCAUCACGGCCAUGGACGCGCUGCGCCUCGACCAGCGCGCGGUCGACGAGGUGCAGCCCCUCGUCGCGGACCUCGCGGCGGCGCUCAGCCGCGUCGCCGCGCCCUGCCCCGGCGGGCGGGCGUCGUUGGAACGGUGGCUCGUCGCGCUGAACGGCAUGCGCGCGGCCGAGGAGAUCGACGACGCGCAGGCGCGCCAGCUCGCGUUCGACCUCGACGCGGCGUACGCCGAGUUCCACCGGGGCCUAAAGGACGCGUCCUGAGGUCAUA